AUGACGAAAGUAGAGGUGCAAGUGGAGCAAUGGCAAGAACAUGGGAUCCAAGUUUUGGUGCUACUGAGCUUCACGAUGCAGCUAGUGCUUCUCGUCCUGGCAGAGUUCCGUCGGCGCAUAGACUCUGGUGUGCUAAGAGCGGUGAUUUGGUCAGCUUACAUGCUGGCCGACUCAAUAGCGAUAUACAUCUUGGGACACUUGUCCGUGACAAGCAGGUCAGAGGACCACGAGCUGAUGGCGUUUUGGGCACCAUUCCUGCUAUUGCACCUUGGCGGGCAGGACAACAUCACUGCAUACGCUAUCGAGGACAACCGGCUCUGGCUACGGCACCUUCAAACACUCGUCGUGCAGGUAGCUGCAGCUACCUACAUCAUCUAUGAGUCCACCAUCGUCAGCACCCACACUCUGCUUUGGAAGGCUUCCGUCCUCAUGUUCGUGUUGGGCGUUGUCAAGUAUGGGGAGAGGGUGUGGGCUAUUAAGUGUGCUGACACUAGAGCAUCAGCCAGCAACUACAAGUUCUACGAUACAGUGGCAUGGUGUACAAAUAAACCACCAAUAGAACGGCGGGACCAGAGGGCUUGUUGCGGAUAG